CUUGUGAUCUCCUGACCUUGUGAUCUCCAGAUCUUGUGAUCUCCAGGUGUGGGUCAGCAGGUUCCAGGUGCGUCUGAGCUCGGCAUGCGGCCCCGUAGGCGGAGUCCAGGCCGGCUCUGAGGACGGACGGCGGGAUGGGGAACGAGGACAGCCUUGAAGACGUGUUUGUCGCCGUCAUCCGUCCGAAGAAUCCCAUCAGUCUGAGCUCAAAGGAGUACAAGGCCAAAGCCUACGAGAUCCUGCUGAGAGAAGUUCCUUCAGAGGGGAAGGAGAAGAAACGAAAGAAAGUUCUGCUGGCGACCAAGAUCCCGUCCGGAGACAAGUCCAAGUCCAUCCUGGACUAUGUGGAGGACACGAUGAGGCCGAUCUGUGGGAGCUCAGCAGGAAGGAGGGUGGUCCACAUGAGGACGUUUCCUGCCGAGGGCGGCGCCGACGGCGCUCCUCUGUUCGUGGUUCCGGUUGGAGUCAAAGAUAGCAGCAAACCGGUCCAGAACCCGGGCAGCCCCAGCUUCUACUGCCUCCAGGACAUCAUGCGGGUCUGCAGCGAGACCAGCGCCCACUUCUGCGGCGCCACCGCCAGGAUGCUGCUGGCCUUGGACAGAUGGUUAGCGGAGCAGCACACGGUCCCACACGCCAUCCCCGCUCUGUUCCGGCCGGCGCCGCUGGAGCGGGUCAAGACCAACGUCAGCAACCCGGCCUACAGCGGCGAGGGGGGGCGGAGCCCCGAGGACCUGCACAUGGGCUACACCGCUCUGGAGAUCAAGAGCAAGAUGAUGUCCCUGGAGAAGGCCGACAUCUGCGUCCUGAACCCGCUGUUCGGGUCGGACCUGCAGUACACCAACCGGGUGGACAAAGUCAUCAUCAACCCCUACUUUGGUCUGGGAGCUCCGGAUUACUCCAAGAUCCAGAUCCCCAAGAGGGAGAAGUGGCAGCACGGGCCCAACUGUUUGGCAGAAGACAAGAAGCACCAGUGGGUGGACGACUUUCCCCUCCACCGCAGCGCCUGUGAGGGCGACACCGAACUGCUGUCCAAGCUCCUGGACGGCGGCUUCUCCGUCAAGCAGCUGGACAGCGACCACUGGGCCCCCAUCCACUACGCCUGCUGGCACGGGAAGGUGGAGGCAACCAAGUUGCUGCUGGAGAAAGGCAACUGCAACCCGAACCUGCUGAACGGCCAGCUCAGCUCUCCUCUGCACUUCGCCGCCAGAGGAGGCCACGCAGAGACCGUGCAGCUCCUGCUGCAGCACCCCGAGAUCGACCGGCACAUAGAGGACCAGCAGAAGAGAUCGCCCCUCCAGGUGUGUGAGGAGAACAAGCAGAACGAGUGGGAGGAGACCAUCAAGCUCCUGCAGCACGCCAGCAGCAAGCCUUACGAGAAGGUCCGGAUCUACCGCAUGGACGACUCGUACCGCUCGGUGGAGCUGAAACACGGCAACAACACCACCGUGCAGCAGAUCAUGGAGGGCAUGCGGCUCUCUCCGGAGACGCAACAGUACUUCACCAUCUGGAUCUGCUCCGAGAACCUGCACCUGCAGUUGAAGCCGUACCACAAGCCGCUGCAGCACCUCCGGAUCUGGACCGAGAUCGUGACGGACUUGACCGUCCUGGACCCUCAGAGGGAGACGCCGCAGCUGUUCCUGCGCCGGGACGUCCGGCUGCCUCUGGAGACGGAGAAGAAGAUCGAGGACCCUCUGGCCAUCCUGAUCCUGUUCGACGAGGCUCGCCACUUCCUGCUGAAGGGCUUCUUCCCCGCCCCGGACAGUAAGCUGAUCACGCUGGCCAGCCUCCUCCUGCAGAUCAUCUACGGCAACUACGAGAGCAAGAAGCACAAGCAGGGCUUCCUGAAUGAGGAGAACCUGAAGUCCAUCGUUCCCAUCUCUAAAGUCAAGAGCAAAGCUUACCACUGGACCAACCGGAUCCUCCACGACUACAAAGCUCUGAGCACCAGUGAGGGAGUCAGUAAGGAGAUGCACCACCUGCAGCGGCUGUUCCUCCAGAACUGCUGGGACAUCCCCACCUACGGCGCCGCCUUCUUCACCGGCCAGGUCUACACCAAAGCCAGCGCCAGCAACCACAAGGUCAUCCGCGUGUACGUGGGCGUCAACACCAAGGGGCUGCACCUCAUGAACAUGGAGACCAAGGUCCUCCUCAUCAGCCUGGAGUUUGGCACCUUCAUGUGGCAACUCGGACACGCCGACCAGUACUUCCAGAUCCACAGCGGGGACAACAAGAUGAACAUCAUCGUGCACACCAAGCAG